CUGGUGUUCAGCGAGAGAAGAUCGCUUUGGCGCGUUUCCACCCACCGAAAAAGGUGCUUUGGCCUUAGUCGAGCCUCCGGAAAAUCGAUACCAAAACAAAUCCGCGGGAACACUUUCUACACCUGAAUGAGUUUGAUGGCUCCAAAUGUCCGAUUGACCAUUUGUUAACAGUGAGCCAACAGUGAGUGAGUGAUAAUUGACUGUGCAUGACAUGCAACGUGUAAAUAUUUGUUUUACGUGUGGAACUCUGUGAUCAACAGAGAUUGCAUUCGGCUCUGAGUGAGUGAGUGAGUGAGCCUCCAACAGCAAUCAUUGUGUGUUUGCAUUUUGUUCAACAUAUGUAAGCUGCUGCCAGUGUUCGACAUCGUUAUUCUUCAAUGGUUCAUUGCUUUUCCAAUUAGCAGCUAUUUGGAACAGUUAAGCCCAUCUUUUGUGCUGCCGGAUUGAGAUCGAGCAGCCCACAGCCCACACGACGAAAACAACGCCGAUAGUGCUGCUUGGUUAGGCAGCGCGGCAUAUUCUAGCCUAGGAGCCCCAACCCGACCCGAGAGCCGCCACUCGAUCCAUCGAUCUCACGACCUACCGAACGGAGUUCCAGCAGGCAUCGUUAGUCUUGUUCAGUGCCUCUCGGCGAGCACAUCGUUCGACUUCGAGUUCGGGGUGAAUCGAAGAUUGUCCAAUCCGAUAUGCGCUUUUGCAUCUAGCAGUGAAAGAAGGUCCCAAAAAUCUUGCCGAGCGUGGAUUCGCUUUGACGACGGUUUGUGGGUCUCGAGCAAAGAGCGGCGCGCGCGUGGGAAUCGAUCGAAGAAAAGUGUGUCUCUAUUACGUAAGCCGUGAGCAAUUAGUGUUGUUACCUAUAGCUGGGGAGUCAUUUUGUGGUCAAACCGCGAGAUUUCGAGAUUUGAGUGUUCUCUGGUGUCUCCGUAGGUCAGAGUGUGUUUUGUGAGUUCGUUGCGUGUGCCCAUUCGAUAAUAGGCCCAGCCAGCUAGGGACGGUGAAGUCAGACCUGAUGCUCGCAACUCGGCUGGUCGUUUGAAUGCGAAUUUGAGCCACGUGAAUCAUCAUUACGCGCGUCUACGAAAAACCUAGUCAAUUGAGAUACCACCGAAGCCAAGAAGAAAAUGGGUGUGUUGGGCCAGAUUCCGUUGCUCAUAGGGGUGAUCCUGUUUUUGAGGCCGGCCCUUGCCAACGACAACCUAAGGGUGGCCUAUCAAUGGAGCCAGAUUGACUUUGAAUUCCCGUCCGAGGCGGCACGAUCAAGUGCCAUUGCCUCCGGGGAUUACAUUGCGGAAAAUGUGAUUCCGGUCGGACUGGAAGUGUACAAGAGGCGCCUGUUUCUGACGCUGCCACGCUGGAAAGCUGGAAUUCCCGCCUCGCUCGCUUACAUCAACAUCAACGAAACCAGCAGCCAAUCGCCCAAGCUGCGACCCUACCCGAGCUGGAAUGCCCACAUUCAAAUGGCCGAGGGUGAAGCCCCGGAAAUCGUUUCUCCCUUCCGGAUACGAUCCGAUCGCUGUGGACGUCUCUGGGUGCUUGACACCGGCGUGGCAGAACUCCUUGGCGCAGCAAAACCCUUGGCGCCUACGUCCCUUUUGGUGUACGAUCUGCACAACGACAACCUGUUGAGGCGUUACAAGUUUCCCAAAGAUCACGUGAAGGAGGACUCCUUCUAUGCUAACCUUGCUGUUGAAGAUUCAGACUGCGAUGAUACCUACGCUUAUGCUGCCGAUCUUGGAGCACCUGGUUUGGUCGUAUAUUCCUGGAAAUCGCAGGAAUCAUGGCGAGUUAAACAUCACUUCUUCUACCCCGAUCCACUGUCCGGAAACUAUACCAUCACCGGAAUAUCGUUCCAAUGGGAUGAUGGCCUGUUUGGAAUGGCGCUUUCAAGACCUCAGCCCGAUGGAUAUGCAACCAUGUUCUUCCAUCCUUUGAGUUCAACAAAUGAAUUCUCGGUUUCUACGAAAAUCCUUCGAAACCAAACCUUGGCCACCUCGGGUAACAUAUAUAAGGAGUUUAAGGUGCUUGGAUCGCGAGGACCCAACGGUCAGGCUGGAGUCGCAUUUCUUGAUCAAAAAACGGGAGUCAUUUUCUACGCCCUGCCGAAUCUGAAUGCCGUGACGUGUUGGAAAACUUCAAACCGUGCUUAUACAAUCAAAUCUCUUGGCCGCGUGUACAUGAGCACAACCGAUAUGGUGUUCCCCAACGAUGUCAAAGUGGAUGACGAGAGCAAUCUGUGGGUCCUCUCAGAUCGCCUUCAUCAAUACAUGUUCUCCAGUCUUGACCCGAAGGACGUCAACUUCCGGAUACUGACCGCAACCGUGAAAGAUGCCAUUGAAAACACAGCCUGUGAUACUAAGAUCAAACCUCUUCCGGAUAUUAUCACCAAUUUGGGUGAUAUCCUGCGGCCGUCCACAACGGCUGCACCUCCGAAAUCCGGAGCACAAGUGAUGCUUAUCUCCCACAUGGCACUUGUACUCGCAAUUAUUGUCAAGCUAAUACUAUGAAGGCACAUAACAGUGUUGUAAUUUAGUGGUGCUCGAUAACCUGUCUUUUAUUCUGAAAUUUCACUCAGUCUUACUGAAGACUCAAAACUAUAAAAGCAAAUGUAUAUGUAAAUUUUAAUUUCAUUGCUAGCACAACGCUUACAAGGUACCACGCAGAACCAAGGAAUCACAGAAACUCAUGCAAAAACAGUCAAAUAACGUUAAGUUUGAGAGCGUUUGUUUGUUACUCCACUUACCCUGUAAAAUAAGCUACUGAAGAAGCAAAAACUAUUGUAAAUUAUUUCGCUUAAAUAGAUAAGAAAAUCUUUAGUUCUUUAGAACGACCUUCGAAGGAAUCGUCUGACGAGAUUCGCAAUUUACCAGGUUACGAUAAAUGUUAAAUAAUCAGUAUUGGAAACGAACAAUCACACUCUUGUUUUAAACUAUGUCAAUGUAAAUUAUUGUUUUAACUAAUAUUCUCGAUUGAAGAGUCAAUCGAGAACACGGUUUUUAUUAAUCACAUGCAAUCGCGUGACGUGUAGGAAUAGAAUCGAGUCGCAUGUCUUGAAACAGAAUCUUAAUGUGCUAUACUAGCUGAUUUGAAAUUAACAAUUGUAAACGUGUCCAGGUAAAGUAUGUUUCAGCAGGUAUAGAGAAUUACAUUGCUAUCAAGAUGCUUUUCGCGUAAAAUGAACCGUCCAGAAUCGUGUCAUAUCAACGUGUUGUUAGUCAUAUCGCAUGGAGGAAAGAAGUAUAGUUGUUGCAAGAA